AUGGCUCUACCAUUGAAGACUGGUAGUCGCAACAUUUCCUAUACGUUCCCAAAUCCGAAUCUGGAUUCUCUUGGGUGUUUGGCAAAAAAGAUCACGCCGGAUGAGUCAACCAAUUUCCGAGAAAAAUAUGGGUACAUUCUGAGCCUCCUCAAGAUGCCGUUCACCAAGUAUGAGCAAGCAGGAGUUCAUACUUUGCUUCAGUUCUAUAAUCCUUCCCUCCGCUGCUUCACGUUCCCCGACUAUCUUUUGGUUCCCACAUUAGAGGAAUAUUCUCUUUUCCUCGGUGUUCCGAUCAAGAAGGGAGAAGUACCAUACUAUGGCACCAUGAAAGCCCCUGAUUCUAUUGAAAUUUCUAAGGCUCUUUAUUUGAGCAAGUUCGUUGUCGAUGCAAAUCUCUCCAAGAAAGGAGGUUGUCAUGGUUUUCGCAUGGAGUUUCUGGUUAAAAGAGGGUGUGAUGCCGCUGAAGCAAAAGAAUGGGAUACUUUUAGGGCUAUCUUAGCUCUAACUAUCUAUGGUAUCAUGAUGUUUCCAAAUGUACCUGACUUUGUGGAUAUGAAUGCCAUUCACAUAUUCAUUCUGCAGAAUCCUGUUCCUACACUUCUGGGGGAUGUUUAUUACUCCAUUCAUCACAAGAAUAGUCAGAAGGGAGGUUUGGUCAGAUGUUGUGCUCCGUUGUUAUACCGUUGGUUCAGAUCACAUUUGCCUGAGUGUGGAGCUUUCGUUGAUAGUAGGCACACAUCUAAAUGGGCUGAAAGGAUUAUGGGGCUUAGGGCCAAGGACAUUGUCUGGUAUAAUAGAUCUUUAGAUAAUAUGGAAGCUGUUAUGAGUUGUGGGAAGUUCAACAAUGUACCUCUCAUGGGAAUCAGAGGUGGGAUCAAUUAUAAUCCCAUCUUGGCUAGGAGAGCUUAUGGAUAUGCUUUUAUCAAUCCUCCUGAGCAAGCUGAGAUUGCUGAGAACAUUUUCUAUCAUACAGCCACCAACAUUGGACAAAUAGCGGAAGCUGUGCAGGCUUGGAAGAGUAUUUGUUGGAGAGAUAAGAAGCAUUUUGGACAGAGAGACAAUGCAACUUAUGGAGACUAUACGGAGUGGGUCAAGACUGUGGCCAAUACCCAAGGGAUGCCUUUCCCCCCUAAGGAUCAUUUGUACCCCCUGCUGGUGAACAACCCAACAUUGUCUCCAUGCCUCGUUAUAAUCAAACUGUUGAGCAGAAUCGGAAAUUGA